CCCCAAAGACGGAUAGCCCUGGCCGCCGUGCUCAUCAAUCUGUACGGCACGACGACUGUCUUCAUCAUCCUGAUCUCGGGGAUGAUGGUUGCCAUGGGCGUGCCCCUGUCGACCUGCGAAGUGGUCUUGAUUGUUGGGUGCGUCUUCAUACCCCUGACGUGGUUAGGAACCCCAAAAGAUUUCUGGCAGACAGCCGUCAUUGCAGUAGUAUCCACCGUCUUUGCCUGCGUGACUAUUUUGGUAAUGGUUUACUUGGAAAAAGCAAGCCUUCCUGAUCCCUGGUACCCGAACCCGACACCCGUCAGCCUCUCGCUAGGAUUCGCGGCCAUCCUCUUCGCCUUCAGUGGGGCUGCCGUCUUCCCCACCAUUCAAAACGACAUGCAGGACAGGGCUCAGUUUGGCAAGAGUGUCAUUCUGACCUUCAUCACUAUCCUGUGUUUAUACCUGCCCCUAGCCGUGUCGGGUUACGUCAUCUUCGGAGAUGAUGUCAAAGACAACAUUCUGCUCUCUGUCACCAUGGGAGUCGCGACUAAGAUAGCCAUCUCACUUCAGAUCAUUAAUCUCCUGAGUUCGUACAUCGUCAGUUUUAACCCGGUGGCCCAGUCACUGGAGGAAACGCUCCACGUACCCAAUAAAUUCGGCUGGAAACGGGUCCUCCUUAGGUCUAGCCUCGUCGUCGGCCAGAUACUGAUCGGUCUGGCCAUCCCGAGUUUCAGCAAGAUCCUCAACCUGAUCGGAGGCUCCUGUGUCACUCUGUGCACCUUCGUGUAUCCGCCUCUCAUGUACAUGAAGCUCAUGGAUAUGGAAGGCCCUUGGCCCAAGAAGGAAAUCCCGCUGUGGGAGCGGAUCUACCUGAUCGAAAUCAUGAUCGUGGGCAUCAUCGGUGGGGUGUGUUCCACCAUCUCGGCCCUGGCCGCCAUCUUGGCACCCGGCUCCUUCGCAGAGACCUGCUUCACCAACUUCUACGGCGAAGUCCAGUGAUCUCCGUCUCGGUGUCUUCAGACAGCGAGAUGUCGCGCGUUGAGUGAUUGAUUUGUGGCAAGGAAAACCUGGCGUCACGACAUCUCUACUAACUAGGUUGCUGGCGCCGACGACGUCGUAGCAGAACACCGAACUCCAAAAAAAAUUAUUAUUGUACAAGAAAUAGCAGAGC